AUGGCCUACAUCGGUCCAGGGUAUUCAUCCGCUGUCCAGUCGUGCUCGAUGAAUCUCGACAGUCACGGACGGACUUUUGAACGUGGAAGGUCGAGGUUUGGAUACAAUGGCCAUGAUGUACCUCGACCCAAUGUUGACAGGCGAGAUUCACCUCAAUCCCGACACCAGCCUUUACCAUGGUCGACACCGUCACGCAGAUACGUGAGCCUCCCAUCUGGUCUUACACUACAGAAAGGCGCGCUCGAGAGCAUAAUGAACCGUGGCGAGAGUGAAACGGUAGUAAACCGCCCAGACGCACACCGAGACGGCCGGGUGAAGCUCAAGACGGACAAUAAGCAGAGCGGCGUGAAUGAUUCUGCCAAACCAUCACCCGUGCCGAAGGCCUCUUGGAGUACCAGUGCGGCCUGCGGGGUGAUCACCGAAGAUCGAAAAGGCGAAAAUUGCCGCGACCGCGACUCCGCAAGAGUUGCGAAGUUUCAGACCGCAAAGCAAUCACCAGUUCCCUCGUUGCCCCCGAAGAAAGGAACGGGCCAGAGUCGCCGGAAGGCUUUGAAGGACAGGUUCUCCUGGAGGAUUUUUGGCCGCUGA